AUGUCGUCGUCGCCAAUUACCCCCGAAGCCGCGCUGGAGAUCCUCCAGGCGACGGCCCUCACAGCACGCUGCCACAACGCCUUUCUCAGACAGAAGCAGCUCAAGUCGCUGCAUGAUGCGCUUCGUAAUAGUAGCGAUGCUAUCAGGAACGCUAUCAAACAGGAUACGCAUGUAUCUGACGAGGAAGCAACUACAGAGGUUGCAGUCGUCCUCGACCUAGUCAAAGAGCACUAUGCUUCCAUUGAUGCGACAAAAGAGCUGGAAGCGGAAUACCGCAUCACAAAUGGCAAAGAUGCCAGUGACAGAAGAGUACCGUGGGGUGUUGCGUACAUUGAGCCGCAAAAAAGCCAUACACCUUUCUUUUCGGUCCUGUCACCUUUGAGUGCAGCUAUUGCAGCGGGUACCUGUGUAGCGCUCAAGCUUGAAAACAACCUCCGAGCUCUCCCCUCUCUUCUCCGCAAGCUCCUCACCGAAGCCCUCGAAUCUGACACCUUCCUCAUCAUCACCUCCUCCCCACCUGCCGACUCCCUCUCAACCUGCCUCCAAGUCCUCCAAGAGACGCAAAUCAGCCAACCCACAUACUCUCAGCACAUCUCCCCUCAAGGCAAAGUAAUCGCAAUCGUAGACCGCACCGCGGACCUCUCCACCGCGGCCUCGCACCUCGUCACUGCCCGCUUCGCCUUCGGCGGCACAUCCCCCUACGCUCCCGACAUAAUCCUCGUAAACGAAUUCAUCAAAAAAGACUUCCUUGAACAUGUCCUGCAGCUCUCCUUCCGCUACCUCGCCGGCUCUGGCUCCCUCUCCAACGGCUCCUCUCACCCCAACUCCCAACAAAAAUCAUCAUCAUCACGGAUAUCCGACGCCUUCUCCACCCUAUCCUCGUCAAAAUCCUGGGAUGUGACAACCAUUUCCCAAGGCGACAACGGCGCCAUCGUCGAACUCUCAAACUUAUCUUCCCUCCCUCCAAAAUCCACACAGCCCAUUCUCGCAGUCUCGCCCAUAACAUCGCUCGAGCACGCCAUCAGCCUCGUCGAGCAAGACCUCUCACCGCAGGACACCCUACUGGCAAGCUACCACUUCGGCGCCAACGCCACGGCAAAGUACCUCUCGCAAUUCGUGCCGGCAGCCGUGUCGUUUGCAAAUGGCGUCCCGUUUUCGCUGCUGCUGGGUCCCGCUGCCCCAGAACUUUCAUCGCAGGUCCCCUUUGAUGCGGAGAAGAGGUAUACGGUUGAGCAUUUUUCAAGGCUGGCGCCCGCGUUUGUGACGGUGCCGGCUACUCAGAAGGUGCUGCAGAGGGUGCUGGGGGGUAAGGAGGGAGCGAAGGUCGCGAGUGAGAUGUUGGGUAAGGCGGCGCAGGAGAUUAAGGAGGUGAAGCGGAAGGAAUCGAUUGCGAUUGGAUAUUUUGAGCAAGGUAUUUUGAUUGGGUUGGGGGUUUACGGUAUCCCGCUCUUGACGUGUAUUGGGGCAUCGUUGUUUUUUGGGGUUAGGGCUGGGUUGAGGAAGUUUGCCUUUAUAUAA